AUGGGGGAGUGGCACAGUGUUUUUUGGGCGGUUGCAGAAGAGCUUUUUACAGAAGCACGGCGGAUCCGGAGAAUUUGCAUGGGAGAAGAGGGAUUCAAGGAAUACAGGAAGCUGAUUACAACGGGAAUCGGAUGUCUAGAGGCAGUACUGCAGAGGGAGUCGAUUCCAGUAAAAGUCGAAAUAAGGACGAGAUUACGGAUGGCAGAGGUGAUUUUUGAAGAAACAGACAAUCUGGGAGAGGCAGAAGAGGUUCUAAGCAAAGGGGUUAUUUUAGCACAAAGAGAGGAAAGUGGGGAACUGAGGAUGAAAUUUGCGAUGCAGCACUUGCUAGUACGUAUUCUUAUGGAAACAUCGGGAAAAGCAGGGAAAAUUAUGAUCAAAAAAUGUAUAGCAGAGGCGGAAGAACGGGAGGCCAUCGAUUGGGUCUAUAUUUUUUGUUUUUUGGAGUUUGAUGUUUUAUCAAGGGCAGAAUGGCGAGAUACAGAGCGUGGAGGACGGAUGUCGAUCCUGUCAAAGAUUCAGCAAGUUUCUCGCAAUCAGGGAGACCAAAUGGUGUAUAUAGUUGCAUGCCUUCUUGAAAUUUACGUUAGGAUUGAGCAAGAAGAGUAUUAUCUGGCAAGGCAGAGGCUAGAUCAUAUAUCAGAGAUACAAGCGGGAUUUAAGGAUAUUUCUACACUCAAUUUGGUCAAAAUGAUCUUCAGUGUUUUCCUAAACAUAAUGCAAGGCUAUAGAGAAGCAGCAGUGCAUGAAUUGAAGGAUUUACACAGUGCUCUUGACGCACUUGCUCAAUACGAUAUGGAUCAUUCACCUCAAAAUGCUAUUGAGAUAUCAUUGGGAUCAGAGGGUUGUUCUAAGUUGGCGAUCCAUUGGUUCAAUAGACAACAGCUUUUCGUUUACGGUCAUCUUUUAGCCGGAAUAUGUUAUCUUCCAGAUUAUACUUCUUCCAAAGCACAAGUUUUCCUAAACGAAGGAUUGGAGAUGUUAAAAUGUAAGCACUUUGCUUAUAUACCGUAUACAUGUCAAUUAUUAACGAGAUUUAAAGACAAUCUUGUAUAUGAUUCAUUUUUAUCGAAUAAUUUGCGCACAAAUAGAAAUUUGGAUUGGUUUAGUAUUACACGAGAAUUAUGUUUGAUUUAUUAUUGUUUUGCAUUAAUGUUGAGAUCCGAUUUUGACAAAGCCUUUGAAUAUAUUCAAGAUCUCGACAAGUAUUCAUCGUCUUUUAAUAAUAACACAAAAGCGUUGUACAUGCUUUUAAAAGGGACAUAUGCACAAUUUACUGGUCAGUUAGAUAUAGCAUUAAAAGCAUACGAUUCGAUACCUGCAUCUAUUCAAGCAAUCUGUUUACUGGGGAAUCUUAAUUCAGCCCUUAUUUUUCAAGGAAAUAAAUUACAUGACAAGAGACGAGCACAUGAAAUUCUUAAUCACAUAAAGCCAUUAUGUCAAUCGUCAAAUUUUACUCAACUGCGAUUUGCAUGGGAUUUAGUUAACGGUUCCAUGGGAGAUGAUGUUCUUCAUUCAAAAAACUGUUUGUUAUCCGUUGUUUCUACAUUUGAAAAACACGCAAAUAAUCAACUACGAGUUAUCGCUUCAAUAGUUUUGUGUUAUUAUUUCAUUAUUCAUUCUGAAACCGAACAAGCGGAAAAAAUACUUAUAUCUGCGUAUUUGCUUUCUAGAAAUGCUGGAAGUAACCUUUGGGCUUUCAUGAGUGGAGAACUAUUGGAAGAAUUAAUGAGAAAGAAAAACAGAAAAAUAAAGGCAGAAAAACAAUUGGGAUUAAAUUUAAAACAUAAAGAAUGCAUUUUAGAUUUGUUUAAUCAUGCUCAUGUGAUAACUAUUGAUUAA